GUAAAUAACGACAUCGCAUCGCGCACGAAAGCUCGCGCUCCCCCACCACGCUUCCACCAUUAACUCCCCCGCCGUCCUCUACCCUGCCUCCAUGGCGUCGCCGCCGCAGCAGCAGCCGCAGGCCGACGUGGACCUCGGCAAGCUCAGCUACGAGAUCUUCUCCUUCCUCGAGAGCAAGUUCCUCUACGGCGGCGCUGGAGCCGCCGCCGGGCCCUGCUCGCUGCCGGGCACGCCCGCCAGGGCUUCCGGCGCGAGGGUCAGGGUGCUGGCGAUUGACGGCUGCGGCCCGGGCCCGGGCGACGCGCUGCUUGCCGCCGCGGCACUCGCGAGGCUCGAGGCCGCGCUCCGGGCCAAGGCGGGCGACCCCGACGCCCGCGUCGCCGACUUCUUCGACGCCGCGGCCGGGGCGGGGGCCGGCGGCGUGCUGGCCGCCAUGCUGUUCGUGAAGGGUGACGACGGGCGGCCGCGGUACACGGCGGCCGACGCGCUCGCGUUCGUCGCCGCCAGCCUCGGGAAGGGCGGCUGGGGCGGUGGUUCCGGCGGCGCCGGCUGGCUCCGCGGGAGGUGGGCGUCCCUGUUCCGCCGCGGCGAGAACAGGUCCUCCUCCGACAGGUCCUCCUCGUCUUCUAACUACUCGUCGCUGCGCAAGGUGUUCGGCGACGCGACGCUGCGGGACACGGUGGCGCCGCUGCUGGUGCCGUGCUACGACCUCGCCACGGGCGCGCCCUUCCUCUUCUCCCGCGCCGACGCCGUCGAGAGCGACAGCUUCGACUUCCGCCUCCGCGACGUCUGCGCCGCCACCUGCGCCGCGGGCAACACCGCCGCGGCCGUCCGCUCCGUCGACGGGCGCACGGCCAUCGCCGCCGCGUCCGGGGGCGUCGCGGCCAUGGGCAACCCCGCGGCGGCCGCCAUCACGCACGUGCUUCACAACAAGCAGGAGUUCCCGCUCGCCGCCGGGGUCGACGACCUCCUCGUUGUGUCUAUAGGCUCCGGCUCCUCGUCCGGCGGUACCGCUUCCUCGGGCUCCGCCACGCCGUCCGCGGGCGGCUGGCGCACCCCGUUGCCCCCGCGCUCCCCGUCACCCGCCGAGAUGGUGCGACUCACCGCCGAGGGCGUCGCCGACAUGGUCGACCAGGCCGUCGCCAUGGCAUUCGGCCACACCUGCGGCCGCAACUACGUACGCAUACAGUCCCUCCGUUCGCUGGACCCGAAGAAGGUGGUGGCGAUCGCGGACGGGAUGCUGACGCAGCGGAACGUGGAGGCGGAGCUGUUCCGGGGCCGCCGCCUCUCGGAGAAGUCCAACCGGGAGAAGCUCGACGCGUUCGCGGCCGAGCUGGUCAAGGAGCACGACCGCAGGAGGAGCUCGCCGCCGGGGAUGCUCCCCAACGUGGCCAUCAAGCAGGUGGCGCUGGCGCCCCCCACGCCGCCGAGGCUCUCGUCGGCCACCACCACCUCCUCGUCCGCCUCCGGCACCGCCACCACCGGUGGGAGGACCGCGUCCACCAUGCCGUCGCCGGCGUCCACGCAUUGACACGGACCGAUAGCAAAAACCCGAUCGUGCGUGCGACGUGGACGGAUCACCUCCCGAGUUUUGUACAUUGCCACUGGAAUGGAACAGAGGAAAUCGAAAUGCCUUCACCACUAUAUUUUUCCCUCUGUUUUUUUCCCUCUCGACGAG